AUGUUGAAAAUGCCUGGUUUAGACAAUCCCGAGAUGUGGGACUCGAUCCGAGAAACACUUUCAGGAGAGGGAGUUCUAAUACAAGUUCUGAUGACCAAUUUACAAGAACAAAUAGAAAAGAGUAGUGACAGUAAUCAGCUCUUCAGAGAAAACAAUGGAUUAACACAUUUGAUGGGGUCAUUCCUCAAGAAAGAACUCAAAAAUCUUGGAGUUGUGUUAGUUGUCCCCAUUCUAAGAGAAAUUGAAAACCUCAAUUUUACUCUGGAAAUUGAUCCGACUAAAGUCAACUUCCACGAGUCGGUUAAAAGUGUCCAGGCGCUUCAAAGGAUCUUGGGAGAGUAUGUGUUUGACCGAUUAAAUAGCUUUGAAGACGAGUUCACACCAAAUGUAAAAUUCAUCUUUCAAUUCAUAAAAACGGAAGUUGAAAAGAAGUACAAAGGCUGCGGUUUCAUCACGGUUGGAGGAUUCCUCUUCUUGAGAUUCAUCACACCAAUCCUCGUUAUGCCAAAACGAUUUUUGUCGAAUGUGACGGAACCGAGUCAAGCCUCAAGACGGUCUUUGAUGUUAGUUGCGAAAGUCAUGCAGGCUAUAGCAAACCAAUCGAUUGAACCAUUUAACGAGCUUUGUAUGACUGCGUUCAAUGAUUAUGUUGUUUCACAGUAUGUUUCUGUCAAUGUGUUUCUGGACCAUAUCAGUUCCAUUGAAGAGAUGCCAACAACAGAAACAACAGUGUCUGAAAGUCAUGUCUAUAAUACCGUCGAAAUGGUUCUAAAUGGAAUAGUUAAUCUGAUGCCUUUGUAUAAAAUGGAAUUCUUUAAACUCCUCGAACAACAGAGGGGAAUGGCUUACCAAUUUAUUCAUGUCGUCGAAAACGUUCAAAGAAAGUAG